AGCAGUAUUCUGCGUAUUGAGUCUAAAAAGCUCUCGAAUCCGCCAUGACAAUGGCUCGUAUACUCGAGUACGGUCAUGGAGUUUGGGCAUUACAUUUUCUGUGUUUUACAUUGUUUUAUGCAGUUUUAGCUCAAGAUGUAAAAAUUGAAACUGUGGACGUGAGAGUACACAAUCACGAGUAUGGUGGCAUUAGCAACAUCACCUGUCAAGUCUCACCUGCUACUGCCGAGAUCAAAUGGAUAUUCAAAGAAGAGAUUAUUAAUUCUACUAAUGGGAAAAUUGUUAUAACUAAGUCACUACACAAAGAUGAAGAUGGUACUCAAUACAUGGAGUCCUUAUUGACAAUCAUCAAAACCAAUAAGGCCAACACUGGCGACUAUAUUUGUGAAGCUAAACUUGGUAAUGUUACACACAAAGAAAAGGUGACACUGGACGUCACAUUUCCAGCGGAAUUUAUUCCUACAAAUGUCACUUACUAUGUAAAUGCCACGCAAGAGGACAAGGAAAACAGUGUCAAAAUGGAAUGUGUCUUUAAAACCUACAACAUUCCUGAAAACGUAGUAUGGCAGAGAAUUGGAGAUGAUUCUACUUACUCGCGGAAUUUUACAGUAAUUAACGAAACACACAUUCAAAGCAUACUCGCCAUUAAUAAGGUAGUGCCGCACCAAAACGGCACAUACGAAUGUAAAUUAAACGACACAGUCUCAGGAGUAGUCAUUGGAAAAGUUGACCUAAUAGUGUAUGGCGACCCUAAAAUCUUGAUAGACUCUGUCAUUGGUAUAAACAGGACAGAAUUAUAUUUCAACUGGACUGUCGAUCCGUUCAAUUCCGAAAUUGACAAGUAUGAAGUCAGCUUUGCAACCCCACCGGAAGGUUUUGUAUAUUUCUUCACAAGACCAGAAAAAAAUGCUACAUCUUUUGUUUUGACCAACUUGAAACCGUCUACAGAGUACACGGUAAAAGUGACAGUGCACACAAAACAUGGAAGUGCUACUUCUAAAGUGAAAUCCGGCAAAACAUUGGAUGUGGAACCAAAUUUCGUACCAGUAAUAGAUAUUAAAGGGUUUUCUGCUACUUCAGUCACAAUUGACUGGGCUUCCCCACCUGAAGAUAUAGCUAAUCUUAUUCACUAUUAUCUUUUGGAGGCUAAAAAGAAAGACGGUGGAACUCCAAGAAAAGCAUACCAUUCACGAGAUUCAAGAAAUCUUCCUUAUAUGUUUGAUAACCUGGAACCUCACAGCACUUAUAUUUUUAAGGUAAGAGCAUGCCAAGACUACACAAAGAAGUGUUGGGACUGGUCUGACGAGAUGGAAGCAGCCACUUUAGACGGUACACCUGGCAAACCGAGCGAUCCGAGAGCCAAUUGUUCGGCGACACAGAUGGACCUUACGUGGGGCCCGCCGAUAAAACCAAACGCUGAGAUCAAGGGAUACAUGAUGGAGCUGACUGGAGUAAGAGAGUAUAAAGAAAACAAAAAUAAAAUUAAAAAGGAGACCUGGGGUCCUUUAUCAAGAUUCAUGAGUAACGAGUCCAGAACAGCCAGAUUUGAAGAACUGUUCCCAAAUGCAAUAUACACGGUGAAAUUGAGUGCGGUAACCCGAACUAGAAGGCGGGGUGAGGAGGAGAUUGCAGUGUGUCAUACGCAGGUUGCUGCCCCAGAUAGAAAACCAGGAGCCAAGUGGUCCAAGUUUUUCGACAAAGAAAGCAAUAAAUAUCUAUUUCAAACACAAUUGACAAAGGUCCCUGAGAGGAAUGGCCCUUUAUGCUGUUACAGAGUCCACGUGGUCCGUUUACCUCCCAAAUACGACAUGAAAGAUCUAAUGAAGUUUCCUCAAGAAUUGGACGUAAUAGAGUACGAAGAAGCGCAUUCCGUACAACCCAUGCUUGGGUCGUACAUAACUGAUAUAUUCACCAAUGAUGAUUUUCCAGAUAAUGGCAUCCUAACCCUAGUAAUAGGCGACGGAAAGAGGCUUUACAACGAAUCCAACCCUAUAUUAAAAAACGAAACCUGCCAGCGUUGUUUACUUCGCCCUGAACGCCAACAUAUUGUCGUACACCACACCACUACUACAGCUAAAGUCGUAACUACCACUGACGUUGACGAUUUUUAUACCACUGCUGACCCCGAGGAGGCAAAGAGAGAUAGAAGAAAAAGGAAUGCAGAUAACACCAGUGGGGGCAACAAGGAGUACGUGAACCCAAAGGACGGACCACUAGACUCCGAAGCGAACUAUACAUUCUUUGUUGAAUUAAUACCUGCCACUGAAUCGAUAGAACCGAUGUACAGCGAGUACCAGAACAUAUUGCGGCCUGCGCCCAGUCCCAUCGCGUCUACGCCCGCCUCCAUACUCGAAAUCGCACUGCAGGCGACGUGCGCUGUGGCGGCUCUCCUCCUACUGCUGAUGAUAAUCUUUUGCGUGAUGCAGUCGCGACGUUCGCGCAAAUUGCCGCCGCACGCGCAGCUCGAAAUGAACCCCAUGAACCCCUUACAAACUGCCAUUCAUUACGUGCGCAAGCAGCUGAGUGGAGGGUCACAGCGCGUGCCUCUAAUCACCCCGCCUGAUAUGCCGCCUAUCGCGACGGAGGACCUUGCCGCCGCUUAUGCCGAACGACACGCCGAUUCGGACUAUGGCUUCCAAAAAGAAUUUGAGCUUCUGCAAAUGCUGUCCGAGAGUUUCCCCGAUCGUUCAACACACGCGUCAGAAGCCAGAGAGAAUCAGCCCAAAAACAGAUACCCAGACAUAAAGGCGUUCGAUCAAACUAGAGUAAAGCUCUCUCAAAUUGACGGUAUCACUGGAUCUGACUACAUUAACGCCAACUACGUCAGAGGCUACAAGGAUCCCCUGGACACUGAUCAGGAACCAAAGAAAUUUAUCUGUGCACAAGGACCAACGGAUACAACAGUGAACGACUUCUGGCGUAUGAUAUGGGAGCAUGGCCUGGAAUUGAUUGUAAUGUUAACUAACUUAGAGGAAUACUCCAAAGUGAAAUGCUCCAAGUACUGGCCUGAUGAAGUGAGGGGGUCUAGAGCAUUCGGCAACAUUACUGUGCAACACGUCACUGAGAAACGAUACUCGGACUACAUAGUUCGGGAGCUGAAAAUAUCGAAGCAGCCAACCACUGUCGACGGACAGCCUAUUGUAGAAAACAACGGAAUCGCGAAAAGAAAUGGAGAUAUCAAAGAGCCGUCCGAAAGUGCACCAACCUCCCCGCGCGAAUCGAAAGACACAGGCGAGACGCGCAUCGUGAAGCAGUACCACUUCCUCAUGUGGAAGGACUUCGCUGCGCCAGAGCAUCCGCACUCCAUACUCAAGUUUAUUAAGCGAGUGAACGAAGCCUGGAACAACAUGGUGGGCCGACCAGUAGUGGUGCACUGUUCUGCCGGCGUCGGCCGCACGGGGACACUCGUCGCAUUAGACUGCUUGCUGGAACAGCUACGGGCCACGGGGCACGUCACUGUGUUCAACACCAUCGCUGAGCUGCGCAGGCAGAGAAACUUCCUUGUGCAAUCACAGAAACAAUACGUAUUCGUAUAUCGUGCGCUGGUCGAGUACGCUCACUACGGUGACACGGAAAUCCCCGCGUCCAAGCUGAAGAACUCCAUCGACCGGCUGAGGAACAUGCCAGAGGGCGCUGAUAAAUGCCUUAUGGAACAUGAAUUUGAGAAAAUGAUCGAUAGUCCAGUAGUAGAAGUGAUGAAAUCUUGCGCAGCAGGGCAGGCGGAAGAAGUGCGCUCGCGCAACCGAAACCAGGAAUGCCUGCCCUACGACCGGAAUAGGGUCAUGCUGACGCCCAUUCCAGGAAGAGACUACUCUACUUACAUCAACGCAUCCUUUGUUGAAGCAUACGACAACUCUGAAGGUUUCAUAAUUACUCAAGACCCGCUGCCAACCACUAUUUUCGAUUUCUGGAGGAUGGUAUCCGAACAGGGCGUCGCCACUAUUGUAAUGCUUAGUGAGCUGGGUGAAGGCAACAAAUGCCCGCGGUACUGGGACGAUGGUACAGUGCAAUACGAACACAUCUCCGUGCAGUACGACGAGAGUGAGUCUUGUCCAUACUACUCAAGACGGCAGUUCAGAGUUACUAAUAACAAGACGGGACACGUACAUUCGGUGCGGCAACUGCAGUACCACGGCUGGCCCACGGCACCUGGCCACGUGCCCGAAGUGACUCGCGGACUGGCCGAGCUGGCCGACGCUGCGGCGCCUCAAGCGGCCGCCGGAGAACAUGUCCAACCUAUGGUCGUACAUUGCAAUACUGGCACCGAGCGUUCGGCGCUGUUCGUGGCGCUGUGCGUGCUGAUCGCGCAACUGCGCGCCGAGCGGCGCGUCGACGUCAGCACGGUCGCGCGCAAAGUGCGCUCACAGAGGGACAAAACCAUCGACACUUUCUUGCAAUACGAAUUUCUACACCGUGCCAUACUCAACUACGCAGAGCUUCACAAUCUACUAGAGGAUAGUUAAGCAAAGUAACAACUAUUAUUUGUAUUUUUAACCACUCUGAAAACAAGACUUAGAAUCCUAAGCAAUAAGUGCAAAUCUGAACUCAAAUUUGGGUUUGAGAGUAGGCUCAAAAUUGCAUUUAUAAGUUGAACUUAAAAAAUGCUAGAGAAAAUAACAAUAUGUCAAAAUUGUUCAUUUAUUCAAUCAAUUUUCAAUUUUUUGUCUCUGUUUUAACAUUACAAAGGGCAAAUAAUUCGGACUUACUCUUCUGACAGUGUAUGUAGCAAAACCCUCGAUAGUCUAUCGAUACUUUUUGUUACCUCGAUAACUGGUCACAAUUCGAUAGCAAACUUAAAGAAUGAUAUAUAGCACCCAUUGACUUUAUUUGUAAGUCAAUGAUAGCACCGGUAUAAAUUCGUAUCUAUUUAUGUUAGACCUCUUUAAAAGUAAGUACUCUUUUCCUACAUCAUUGAUAUUAAGUUAUCAUAAAAGUAUUUAGAUUAUAAAAAAUGUUUGGAAUCCAGCACUAAAGUUCGGUUAACAUCGUGUGAUUAGUUUUCAAAGUAUCGACUGUAAUAGUGCUGUCAAAAGUUGUGCAACACUUUAAUCACAUUUAGGCACUGUAAAGAAUAUGGAAACGAAGUUACAAUGAAAGUGCCAUAUAAUAGAAGUAAUUUACUAGAAGUAAGAAGACAAACUUACAUUAUAUAACAAAUUUGUGUAUUGUUGGGGUUUUUACGUACUUUCAACAAAGAGUUCCAAUUUGAGCCUGCAGCUCUUUGUGUAUCUUGUGAAAAGAACCUAUCAAAAACAUUAAAUCAUAUGUCAAGUGAACAAGAGGCUAGUAGAAGAGGUAGUUCCAAGACACUCAUACCACAGUGCAGUAGUUUGUGUUAAAAAGAUAAUAACUGCAUUUAUAGCACGGGUACGUAACGACCCUGUGUUAUCUCUGAAUAUUUUUGACAUAUAGUUACCAAAAGAUUUAACAAUCAUAAAGGUUUGUUUAUAUUUGUGCAUGUGCAUUCUGCGUGACAGUCGUGACGUCACGUAAGCCCUAAAGGUCCCUGGUGACAUAAAAGUGCUGCGCAUCAAUUUAUAGAAUAUAAUAGACAAUCGAUGCUUCAAGUAACAAUAUCGAUAAGUCUAUCGAUAUUCAAUCUUGUGCCUCUACCUAAUGGUAAACUAAUGUUUACGGUUACAGAUAUCGCUACCAGCACACUUUUUUACGGUAAAUUGUACAUACAGCAUUCGUAGCGGUCACAACAAGUAACAUUUUGUUUUUAAAUAUUUUACACGGUCUAUAACGACAACCGUCAUUAUAAACUCCUAGUAGGUACUCUGAUGUUGUCGACAUCUCGACCAUCGACAGUCGAUAGUAAAAUUAUGAAUAAUUGUGCAACACCAGUGGGGUCUAUAAAUUGAUUGAAAUUAGAUGCGAAAACACACAUAAUAUAAAUAAACUCGUAAAACAAUGUUCGAUAACAAUUUUUAUACCGUAGCUUAAAAAUUACAUUAGGCAUUUGUAUAUUACUCAGUUAUACCCGCUAGGAGAGGCCAUUGCUAUGAUAGUUAAGUCCUUAAUUUCUGUUUUAUUUUUAUAGGUGCUUUUAUUAAUGUUAUGUGUUAUUGUAUUAUAUUGCUUUCUUUUGGAAAAGCAUGAUAAAAUAAUACGGGGUUACGUACACGCUGUUACAGACUGUCAUUAGCAAUUAAGCCGCGUCAAUAUGUAGUUUAGUCAACACUAAACUACAAUUAGAUAACUAUCCGCUUUUCGUUUUCUUUAAAUAUCACUAAUGUAAAAUUUCAAUGACAAGAGCUACCCAAUCAGGCACGUCGUGACACCUUAUUGGUUGAUUUCGGACAUUUCGUGUGGUGCCACCAAUUUGUCUUGCCUAUUUCUGUCGACAAGUGCGCAUUAUUGCGUUCCGGUUAUUAUAUUAUUGCGUUUCAAAGUUAAGGGUGGCACACGCACAUAGCAUUUGUCAGCCAGGUUGACAAGCACAGUGGCAGUUCCCCUCAGAUCUUUGCCAUUUAAAGCUCUGAGUGACACUGCAACUGCAGGCGUGUCGCGUACCAUCAGACGUACGACUUAUUCGUUCCUUCAUUUGGUAUCAUAAAAAAAUUGCUAUCUGCCAUUAUGUUCUAUUUUUUUAAGAAAAUUGCCAAUCAGAUAGUGAAAUUUAUUAAAGCGGAGUACGGUCAUACGGAUGCGCGAAUUAAGAUGUUGAACUUUGUACAUGGACCUUGUUGAAGAAAUGUUGUGCUUUGACCAGCAACAUGUUGCGCAACAAGUUGGAACUAAAUAUUUUUAUUCGUUAUGAACUCAAUGAUGGGGUAGAACUUGGCAUUGUCUUUUACUCGUAAAUAGUUAAAAAUAAGCUUUCUAAAACCUCAAAAUAGAAGCUUUACUUAGACCUUAAAAUAUGAAGAAAAGUACAGAACCAAAGCUGACUUUCACGUUUGAUGCUAUUCCUGGUAUUACAGUUUGCACGCUAUCAGUCAGCUUCCAUCAUUGAGGUAUCCAUCUUAUCACAAUAAAUAUUUGUCAUACUCCAAUCAGGAUAGAAACAAUCAAUGCCUAAAUUAAUAGACAACCUUUUUGUCUAACACCUCAAACUCAUCACCAAUCUAGGGUAGAUUACAAAAGUCAAUAAAGUGACCUUAACAAUGGCGCUGGAUGCGGACGUUCCGGGUUCGAUUCCCGGCAGGACCAAUUCAGGAAAUGAACUUUUCUAAAUUGGUUCUGGUUUGGGUGUUCUUGAAUCUAGUUUGAGACCUGGCAAUUGGUGUAGUUAUCUAGCACAUUAUUAUUAUUUGUGGCAAGCUAGUGGAAACCAGAUUUAAUUAACAUCAAACGGAAAAGCCAGAUGCGGGCAUUGUGGUAGCGGUAUUUUCGCUCCCAAAUGUAGAUUGUUUUUAACAAUAAUGCUUACUGUUAGCCUGCAGUGAGCUUCCAUUUAUGGCGGUAGUACACUCACGGCAAGACAUGCGAGAGGGUACAGGGAAAUACUCGCGCUGUCCCUCUCACGGUGUCACGUUGUUUAUUUGGGCGCAAAUCAAAGGGUCUGACGUUGUUUGCGGCUUCUUCGCUGUACACUCUGGCGCUUGCCGUAUGGCGGUAAGUUUGGGAUUGCGCGGACAUAUAGUCUGUCUUUUUUGAAGAUGGAAUAAAAUUACAGUUCAUUGCGCGAAAGAGUUACCCGCUUUCAAGCAGCUUGAUUGC